CUUCAUGACAUUGGAUUUGGCAAUGAUACCUUGGAUCUGACACCAAAAGCACAAGCAACCAAAGAAAAAAAUAGGUAAAUUGGACUUCAAAAAUUAAAAACUUAAACUUGUCAAAGGACACUAUCAAGAGAGUGAAAAGGCAACUCACAGAAUGGGAGAAAAAUAUUUGCAAAUCAGGUAUCUGAUGAGGGAUUAAUAUCCAAAAAAUAUAAAGAACAUUUACAACUCAGCAACAAAAUAAGUGAACCUAAUUUUAAAAUAGGCAAAGGACCUGAGUAGGUAUUUCUCCAAGGAAGAUAUACAGAUGGCCAAUAAGCAUAUGAGAAGAGCUCAGAUCACUAAUUGUGACGGUUAAUUUUAUGUGUCAACUUGACUGAGCUAAGCAAUGUGUCUAUGGGAGUAAUUCUGGAAGAGAUUACCAUUUGACUCAGUAGACGGAGUGAAGAAAAUCUGCCCUCGCCAAUGUGGGUGAGCAUCAUCCAAUCCCUUGAGGGCCUGAGUUAAAAAAAAAAAAAAUGGAGGAAGGGCAAGUUCUUUUUUUCUCUCUUGAGCUGGGAUGUCGAUUUUCUCCUGCCUUUGGACAUCAGAGCUCCUGGUUUUGGGGUCUUUAGAGUCCAAGACAUAUACCAGUGGACACACAUCCACCCCACCCCCCCCAGUUCUCAGCCCUUCGUAUUUGGACUGAAUUAUACCACUGGCUUUUCUGGGUCUCCAUCUUGCACAGAGCAGAUUGUGGGACUUCUCUGCCUCCAGAAACAUGCAGCCAAUUCCUACAAUCAAUCAAUCAAUCUCCUAUUGGUUCUGUUUCUCUGGAGAACCCUGACUUAAUACACUAAUCAUACACAAAUAAAAACCAUAGUGAGAGGGGCUUUCCUGGUGGCACCGUGGUUAAGAAUCCGCCUGCCAAUGCAGGGGACACGGGUUCGAGCCCUGGGUCGGGGAGAUCCCGCAUGCCGCGAAGCAACUAAGCCCGUGCACCACAACUACUCAGCCUGCGCUCUGGAGCCCGUGAGCCACAACUACUGAAGCCCACGUGUUUAAAUCUCGUGCUCCGUAACAAGAGAAGCCACCGCAGCGAGAAGCCCGCAAACCGCAACGAAGAGUAGCCCCCGCACGCCACAACUAGAGAAAGCCUGCGCUUAGCAACAAAGCGCGAACAAAGACCCAACUCAGCCAAAAAUUAUUUUUUUUUAAAAAACCAUAGUGAGAUGCCACAUCACACCCACUGGAGUGACUAUUAGCAAGAAACCAGAAAAUAACAAGUGUUGGCAAGGAUGUGAUGAAAUUGGAACCGAAAUGGUACCACUGCUAUGGAAAACAGUAGUGGUUCCCCCCCACCCCAAAUUAAACACAGAAUCACCGUAUGACCCAGAAAUUCUACUUCUGGGUGUAUCCUCAAAAGAAUGAAAAGCAGAGAUUCAAAGAGAUAUUUAUACACCCCUGUUCAUAGCAGCAUUCAUGACAGCCAAAAAGGGGAAACAACCAAAGUAUCUAUGAAUAACAAAAUAUGUUAUGUACCUACAGUGGAGUAUAUUAGCUUUAAAAAGGAAUGAGAUGCUGACACAGGUUGCAACAUGGAUGAAUCUUAAAGACAUUAUGCUCAGUGAAAUAAGGACACUAUUGUAUGAUUCCACUUAGACAAGGUUCCUAGAAUAGUCAGAUUCAUAGAGACAGAAGGUAGAAUGGUGGUCAGCAGGGGCUGAGGGGAGGAAGGAAUGGGGUGUUAGUGUUCAGUGAGUACAGCGUUUUCAGUUUGGGAAGAAGACAAAUUCUGGAGAUGGAUGGGGGUGAUGGGUGCGUGGCAACAAGGGUAUACUUAAUGCCACAGAACUGUAUGCUUUCAAAUGAUUAAAAUAGUAAAUGUUAUGUAUAAUGUACCACAACUUUAGAAAAGACAAUUUUGAUUUUCCACUCACCACCCAGCCCACAGAAAGUGCCAAACAGAUUUAAAAGGAAAAAAUCCAGUCAUUGUGUUCCAGGUCUGCAGACGACACAUGUGGAUCGUUGGGAUCAUAAAGACAAUCACUUGGAAGAGCACGUGAUUUUUUUUAUCUUUAAUGCAGACGUUUUAGUGUCAGGCAGAUUCAACUUAAUGGGAAAAUUUUCUGGCCACGUGGCUGUUUACCAUUCAGAAGGAGGAAAAUACAAUGCAGAUUCUUUGAGGGUAAAGGAACCUGGAAAUGCACAUCUUCAAGCCUGCGAGAUCCGGAGUUGUCCUGUGUCCCUUUUUCAGAAGAUGCAGAUUCACUAGAGCCCCUCAGGGUGGCCCAAGGCUUUCGUGGGCCUGGGUCCUGGUGGCCAUGCUCCCCGGGGCACCCACGGAGGCAUCUGCAGGGCCACCAGGGACGCAAGGGCGCCGGAGGUGCUCUGUGGACGCAACGCGGAAUGAGGGAACAGUUUUCACAAGCAAACAGCUACGAAAGACGCAGUGUGUAUGGGCCCGCGUAGCGAUACUAGCAAGAUUUUGUUCCUGUUGCUCAAAACUCUGUGAGCUGCUAUCUUAUUUCCCAGCUUAUUCCGUCGUGGUCAGAGGACCCGGCUUUCGGGUAGGGUGGCGAAGGGUGGCGGGGCGGCCAGGCCCUCGUCUCGCAGGGCUGUUCCCGGUGCACCAGCAGAGGCCAACCUCAUGGCCUCCCCUCCGAAGCCUGAGCUCAAGGCAGCCGCCAGCGAGCAGCUGAGUGAGCAGUAGGGGCGGCGGCCAACGGGAAGAACGGGGGCGUGCCCUGCGGAGGCUGUGGCGGUGCAGACCCGUCCCGUGACGAUGGCCCCUGGAUGUCCCCACUCCCCGCCCCCGCCCCGCCUCCCCUCCGCGCCAGGAGCAGGCCGAAUGGCCAGAGAGGUCGGGAGGGACCAGGAGGGGUGGAGUCAAGGGGAGGGGCAGCAAGAAACCUGGGAGGAGGCCGGGAAGCGCGUGGAUUUAGAAACAGGUAGGUUGAUGUGACUUUGGUGAAAUACAGGAUUGUGUGCAAGGUUUGGUGUGAAUCUCUUUUAGGCAUUUUCCCAGUUUUGCUAAUUUCUAGGGAAAUAAAGCCAUUGAGAAUAGUUAUUGCCGUUUUCAGAAAACGUGCUACUACCCCUCUUCUGGGUCCCUUCCUGCCCACUUCAUUUGGUGCUGUGACAUCUGGUUGUCAGGCUGCGCGCCCUGUGCUUUAAUCUGCUGUUGCCAAGGGUGGAAUUCUUAGCAACAGUGGAGGAUGCUCUGUGCUGUUCUCAACGCGGGAGUGACAUCUCCCUUGACGCAAAGGAGCAUGCCUAGGGCUCGGACACCUGGUUAGAGCCACCCUGUCGCCGUUACAUAGUUGUACAGUCAGAUCUAGGGAUGCCACCUGCUCACAGUGAGGGGGGCCGUGGUGGAUGCCCGCCUGCAAGGAACAGGGGAGGUCGCUUUCACUUCUGAAGACCUGGGGCUGUUUGACCUCCCAAGUCUACCGGUGGGCACUUUCAGGUCACAGGAGGCCAUGAUGGCAGGAAGUUGUGCACACUCCUGGGAAUCCAAAAAUACAGGCACUUCUCUGCCCCCGACCCCGUUCUUCUCUUACUAGUCACAAAAGCCCCACAGACCCUGCUAUAGCCAACAACUGGGGUUCAAAAGGGAUACCACACUGAAAUUCUCCGUAGACAAGUUUAUGGUGUUAGAAGUGACCCUUAAUCAUGCCUACUGUUUGCUCAUCACCUUGUUGGUCUGGCCUUUUUUUUUUUUUUUUGGUUGCGCUGGGUCUUAGUUGUGGCUCAUCAGCUCCUUAGUUGCGGCAUGCGAACUCUUAGCUGUGGCAUGCAUGUGGGAUCUAGUUCCCUGACCAGGCAUUGAACCCAGGCCCCCUGCAGUGGGAGCAUGGAGUCUUAACCACUGCACCACCAGGAAAGUCCCUGGCCAAACAUUUUUGAAAGAUUACUAAGCAACUAGAUGUCCGGUUCCACACUCCUCGUGAGCAUUUGUACUGAGGAAUCAAUUCAUGAGAAGAUGCACAGGGGGCUCGUAGGUUUGGGAAACUCAGUCUGAAAGCCAACCAGUGUGGAUGGGCACACCGUUCAAGGCUACUGUGGGGAGACCCGAACUGUUUGACUUUCCUGUGGCCACGACUCCUCUGGGGGUGCAGGUAACAAAAGGCUGGGGCUUUGUGGUUCCGGGUGUUAAACAGCCUGAGCUCAGCUGAGUGUGAUCCCUUGGCUUUGGGUGCUGCUGCAUGUAACUAAUGAUCUUCCUGUGAUGUCCCCCACCCCCCACAACCAGGAAGGGCGCCUGUGGCCUUCAGACAGAUCUGGACCUCGGCCAGCCUCAGAGAUCAUGUACGCCCCGCGGUCCAGGAAUGGGGGGACUGCCCCAACCUUUCUCCAGAGGGAUCGGUUCAGCCGCUUCCAGCCCACCUACCCCUACGUGCAGCACGAGAUCGACCUUCCCCCCACCAUCUCCCUGUCGGACGGGGAGGAGCCACCUCCUUACCAGGGGCCCUGCACCCUGCAGCUCCGGGACCCCGAACAGCAGAUGGAACUCAACCGAGAGUCUGUGAGGGCCCCGCCCAACCGAACCAUAUUUGACAGCGAUUUGAUAGACGUGUCCGUCUACAGCGGGGGCCCACGCCCACCCAGCAGCAAUUCGGGCAUCAGUGCCAGCACCUGCAGCAGUAACAGGAGGAUGGAGGGGCCACCCCCGGCCUACAGCGAGGUGAUGGGCCACUGCCUGGGCGCCACUCUCUUCCACCCCCAGCACAGCAGCAUGCACAGGGGGAGCAGACUGCCACUCCAGCGGGACGGCCUGGGGGGCACCGAGCUGCCCGUCCAGGGCAAGGACAGGAAGCCCGGGAACCUCAUCUGA